AGGUUGCGCCGGGCUGCCAAAUACCACGGGUGUCAUUGGUCGUUUUGCUUAUCUGCUGAUGUACGGGGACGUUCGGUCUUUAGGUUUCCAGAAUUGCUUUCCAAUCGAAAGUCUAUGUUGUCGGUUUUCCACAAUAUUUAUUAUUUUAACGCAUUAGGAGCCAAUUUGAAGCGGAGCACCAGGCUUUGAGUCAGCACCUGGGUUUCAGAAUCAAAUAUUGACGAGCCGUUCAGUUGCUAUAUCUGUUUUUCUUGCAGCAAAACAAAAGAUGGGCGAGGAAGUUAACGGUAACCCUAUUAACGAAGAAGACAGACCUGCUAAUGGUGAUGAAAAGGGCAAAUGCUUGAACGAUGACGUCAAAUACUACACAUUAGAAGAUGUACAAAGUCAUAAUAUGAGCAACGACACGUGGCUUAUCAUCCAUGACAAAGUUUAUGACGUCACGAGUUUCCUCGAAGAGCAUCCGGGAGGUGAGGAGGUGUUGCUGGAGCAAGCUGGUGCAGAUGCAACAGAGAGUUUUGAGGAUGUGGGUCACUCCACGGAUGCCAGAGAGAUGCUGCAGCAGUUCUACAUCGGGGAGCUUAACAUGGAUGACCGAAAAAAGGAAAAGCCAACGAAUGAAAAUGUCACUCCAGGAGAAUCAAGCAACUCCUGGACCACAUGGGUGAUACCGGCCAUUGCUGCAACCGUCAUUGGCGUCUUGUAUCGCUUCUACGUGUCCUCUUGAGUGCCAACAUUCCCAAUUGAUCCCAUUAUCUUCAUCCGGGGGGCCUUGAAAUCUUUGACCAAAACCACCUCACAGAGUUUACCUCCUCGAACCGUCUGACAAUAGAGAGGGAGGACAGUACGUAAUUGUCAGCAAUUGUCUCCCCUCAACUCGUCAUCCAGCAAGCCCAGCAAACAGACAUUCGAGGAGAGAUUAUUCAACUCACUGCCUCCAGUUUCUUUAUUUCAUCUUAUCUUUUUGCCUCUCCUUGUCAUUGUUUUAUUUAAUUAUGCAUCUGUUUGACUCACUUUGGUCUGUGUUGAAUUUACUCGUCCACUUAAAACAAAGAAUCGGAAAGUUUACAAACAAGGAAACGCUAGUGAGAUUUUUGAUCUAAUCAUGAUGGUGGUAUCAGCAUAUUUUUUUAAUUUGCAUUUGUGAGGAGGGGAAAAAAAGUCACUUUCAUCACUGCUAAAGUUAAACUUUUUGAUUGCACCCUUCAUGAAUCAGUCAGUUUAUGCAUAACAAUUAUUGUCAUUGCAGUACCAAAUUGUUUUCCCUCUAAAUAGUGGCAUUAAUUGCAAAUCUAUACUUGCCAAGGAAAGAUACAAAAUAGAAGUAGAAUUUCUAUAACUGUUUUCUUGUCAAAAUUGAAUGGCUUAAGUGUAUUAUUAUUAACCCGUCGCAAACAUUUUGAGUGGAUUGUAUCGCCAGAGUUUGAGUACUGAGUUUUGUAAGUUGCCUAAAUUUCAAUUGCUUUUUUUCUGCAAAAUUUAGGAAGGCAUAUGUUAAACUCCAAAGUGCGAAUAAUAUCAUGAACUGUCUAUUUUCUUUAUAUACCAUUUGGUAUAUAUUGUCCACCAGUGCAAUUGAAACAUUUGCUAUGCUGACAGCUCUUGUGUUGUCUUCACCUGCCUGUCUUAUGUCAUUAAAAACCUGAUGAAAAUAAAUCUUAUACAAUUAUAUUCA